GUCGGGUCUCGCCGCCGCCGUCCCGGGCUCCCCUCCCGGUUCCGAAAGCGAAAGAGCCCCGGAGCCGCGGCCGGGAGCCGCCCCCCCCCCCGGGGCCCCGCGGCCAUGGCUGCCGGCAGCGAGGCGGCGGCGGAGCUCCAGGAGGAAGCGACGUGCGCCAUCUGCUUGGAUUUGUUCCGCAGCCCGGUGAUGCUGGACUGCGGGCACAACUUCUGCCGGGCCUGCAUCGGGCUGUGCUGGGCGCGGGCCGCCGAGGCCCCCUCCUGCCCCCAGUGCCGGCGGGCUCUGCCCGGCCGGAGCCUGCGGCCCAACCGGCAGCUGGGCAACAUCGCGGCCGGGCUGAGGCGGCUCGGCCGGCCCGCGGCGCCCCGUCAGGAGCAAAACCAGUCCGAGCUAGAGAGUCUCAGGAGAGAGAGAGGAGAGCUGGAGGAACGGCAAGAGAAGGAGCGAUGUAUCUGCCAGGGCCAUCUGGACAAAGUAAAAGCAGAGAGGCAGAAGAUUGCAUCUGAAUUCAAGCAGCUGCAGCAAUAUCUGGAGGAACAAGAGUGCCUGCUGAUGGCUCGGCUGGGAGAGCUGGAGAGGCAGAUUGAAACGAGAAUGAAGGAAAAUGCUGAUAAAUUGUCCAAGAGGAUUUUUCAUCUGGAUGGCCUGAUCAGAGAGAAGGAGGACUCUCAGCUCUCAGGAUGCGAGUUCCCACAGGAUACUGGCGACAUUCUGGGCAGGUGCGAGAAGGGAAAAUUCCAGGAAAAGGAGUGGAUGAGCCACAAUCUGGAAAAGACACCCGGUGUCUGCUCAGAAAAACCUCCUGAGCUAGAAGAGACGGCAAGAAAACUCCAAGAGGCUUCAAUGUCUGCGCUGGGGGAGGAAGUGCAAGAAUCACAGGGACUAUACACAAAAGUGAAUGUGACUCUGGAUCCAGACACAGCUCAGUCAUGGCUCAUCUUAUCAGAAGAUCGGAAGAGUGUGAUGCAGGGAGCCACACAGCAACACCGGCCUGACAACGCGGAGAGGUUUGACCCAUGGCCAUGCGUGCUGGGCUGCGAGGGAUUCAACUCAGGGCGACCGUGCUGGGAGGUGGAGGUGGCCCGUGGGUCCUGCUGGGCUGUAGGGGUGGCCCUGGGGUCUGUGAGGAGGAAGGGACCGAUCGACAUGAACCCCGUGGGGGGGAUCUGGGCAGUGGGGCGGUACAAGGAGAAGUUCCAGGCUCUCACUUCCCCCACUCCCACCCCUUUCCUCCCCAGCAUGGUCCCCCGCAGGGUGCGGGUCUGUCUGAACCAUGCAGAGGGGCGGGUGACAUUCCUCAAUGCAGACAAUGAGGCUGCCAUUUUCACUUUCCUGCAAGCCACAUUUGCAGGAAAGCGAAUCUACCCCUGGCUCUGGGUGGGGAAGGGGUCCCAGCUCAAACUGUGAGGCUGAGGAAGCGCGGUCCUCUGAGGAGGCUGUACUGUGGCCACGCUGGCCUCCUGCACCCCCAUCUGCCAGCCCUUGGGACUGCUGCCCACUAGCAAACCUCCUACCGUGAUCCUCAAAGGCAGUUGAACUCAUCUGCCUGCCCAUGGAGAGCAGGAAUUGCCUCUCUGGAGCAGAGGUCCAUGGGCUUCUCCAGUGGAGAAGAGCUCUUGGUGAAGAAUGGCAAUUUCUGGGGAGAUUUUAUUUAUGGAGGCCUCGAGGGUGGAUGAGGGACGUAGCAGUGGCAUUGGAGUAGCUACUGAUAGUAUAUUUUUACCUGAGGAGAUAGGUAGAUGGGUAAGGAGGAUAAAAACUUGCUCAGCAGCCCACCUCACCAUGGGGUGACGCUUGCUCUUUAGCCCUGAAGCCCAGUCAGCCUCCACGCGCGGUCCCUGUGGUGGGCCUGAUUUGAUUCUUGAGUUAGCUCACGAAACCACAAGUCAACAUUGAUUUUUUUGGGGAGGUGCGAGUAGGAUUUACAUUUCAAAAUAAUUUCAUCAGUUGAAUUAUAAUCACUGCUUUUCAACAUAUUAAUGUACCUGGUAAUUCUUCAGUGUCUGACUACUUGAUUUGUUUCCCUGGUUGUGAUGGGCUUUUGGAAAGAAAAUUUAGAGGUUUAGAUUGUCUCCAACUAUGGAACUACUACCAGGAAUUUGCUGAAAUAUAGGAAGAAACUGUAGGAAUUGCUGUUUCGAGACUUGCAGAUUCGUAGCAGUGCUGGGAUUUAUGGUGGAAGCAUGGUAGAAGCUAAAAAUAUAAAUAAUCACGAAUAAAACAAAGUUAUACAAAUAA